CAGUAGUAAAGCAACAAGAGCACUGCUCAGUUGCACAAAACCCAAAGCCAUCAUCUCAACUUCAUCUUCAUCUUCAUCUUCAUCUUCAUCGUCGCCCAAAACCCUAACCAUGGCAAUGCCACAAAUCCAGACCCACUAUGCUCAACUUCACUCCACCUUCCUCUCACCGUCUUUCAGUACACCCCAUUCCAAAUUAAGCUUCUCUAAACCUCCAACUCUUUCAGUAACUGCAUACUCUCUCUCAGGCAGAAAGCUCCGCGCUGCUGUCAUAGGAGGCGGUCCAGCUGGUUCCUCCGCCGCAGAAGCCCUAGCCUCGGGCGGGAUCGAAACAUUCCUCUUCGAACGCAGCACUUCCACAGCCAAACCUUGCGGCGGAGCCAUUCCUCUGUGCAUGAUGGAUGAAUUCAACAUCCCUCUCCACCUCAUCGACCGCCAAGUCACCCGCAUGAAGAUCAUUUCUCCUUCUAAUCUCACCGUUGAUUUCGGUGCCAAGACCUUAAAGCCUCACGAAUCCAUCCCCAUGCUACGCCGCGAAGUACUCGAUUCCUUUCUGCGAUCACGCGCGCAGUCUCGAGGUGCUACUCUGGUCCCUGCUCUCGUCAACCAUAUCGAAAUCCCGUCGAAGCCGACACAACCGUACGUGAUACAUCAUGUAAUCAACAACAACAUCAAACGACAAUUAGCAGUGGAUGUAAUCAUCGGAGCCGACGGAGCUAACAGCCGUGUGGCCAAGUCCAUAGAUGCGGGCAGCUACAGCUGUGCUAUUGCUUUCCAGGAGAGAAUCAAACUGCCCGAUGAUAAAAUGGAGUACUACAAAGACCUUGCAGAAAUGUACGUGGGGGACGACGUGUCGCCCGAUUUUUACGCCUGGGUAUUCCCCAAAUGCGACCAUGUUGCAGUAGGCACGGGUACUGUAUGUGCAAAACAGGACAUCAAGAUGUUUCAAAGAGGCAUAAGAGAGAGGGUUGGAGCUAAGAUCAAUGGUGGCAAAGUCAUUAAAGUGGAGGCCCACCCCAUACCCGAACACCCCCGGCCCGUCCGGGUAAGGGGGCGGGUGGCCUUGGUGGGAGAUGCUGCAGGGUACGUCACAAAAUGCUCCGGGGAAGGGAUAUAUUUUGCGGCCAAGUCGGGGAGGAUGUGCGGAGAGGCGAUAGUGAAGGCGUCCGAAGGAGGGGAGAAGAUGGUGAGCGAGGAAGAUAUAAAGAGGGAGUAUUUGAGGGAAUGGGAUAAGAAGUAUAUAAAUACAUUCAGGUUUUUGGAUUUGUUGCAGAAAGUGUUCUAUGGGAGCAAUGCGGGUAGAGAGGCGUUGGUUGAGCUAUGCGGAGAUGAGUAUGUGCAGAGAAUGACAUUUGAUAGCUAUUUGUAUAAGAAAUUGGCAAAUGGGGAUAGGUGGGAAGAUGUGAAGAUGGGUUUCAAUACUAUUGGGAGUUUGGUUAGAUGCAGAAUUAUGGGUAGGGAGAUGGAGUCUCUCAAGGUUUAGAGACCUAAUGGGGUGAUUUCUGGCAUCUAUGCAAGGAUAUGUUACACGAAAAUUCUUCGAGUUUUAUGUUUUCGGAGUUUCCUUUUCGGAAGGUUUAGACACCUAAUAUGUUACACGAAAAUUUUUCAAGUUUUAUGUUUUGGAGUUUCCUUUUCGGAAAGGGUUCUGCAAUUUAAAAACUCUAUUUCUAGGGUUUGGCAUUUGAUCACAAAUUGGUGUUGGAUUAUGAAGGAGAAGAGUAUAUUUGUAGUGCAAAUUGGUAGUUUAGAACUUUUUUAAA